UUGUAGCCGUCGUCGUUCAUUCAGAAAAAACGAGCAGGAUAACCGACAAUGACAGGAUAAGCAUUUACUCAUCUAGCUACGUUCUGUCCCUCGGAAAACCUAAGCUCGGGCUUUAUUCCCCUCCUAGCGUAUCACGCCUUAACCCCCUUUGAGUUGGAUCCUGUCUCAGGAGCACCGAAAGGGAAAAAGGGUUGGUUCUUCUAAUCUUAUUCCGACCGCAUUUUGUGUCGCAAUCAUGGAAACUUGAAUUGUCAGCCUUACAAGUUCGGAGAAACAAUGGAUUUAGCGGCACCCACUACGUAUCACUGUGAGCAGUUUUGUUCAUUUCAACACUUCCACAGGGAUGGCGCAAGAACCUCAUGCUUCAGAGGUAGGGUUUGGGAUAACACUAGUACUGGUUACAAAUUCAAAUCGGUUGAAUCUGGGAAAUCGAGGGGGCGUCGAAGGAAUUUGGACAAUCGCGUGUUUGCUGUUUCAAAGGUCGAAACUCCUGGUUUGAAUGGGAAAUUGCAGCAGUCCGGAAGAACACGGCAAUGGAAUCUGAAUGGGGCGGAAUCCUCGUUAAAUGGCUUCAAUCCAUCUCGGAGUUUUGAGGAGUUCGAGAGUAACAAUCAGCUCCGCCGAUUAGUUAGAAAUGGGGAAUUAGAAGAAGCGUUCAAGUUCAUUGAGCGUCUGACUUACCGUGGCGACAUACCUGAUGUCAUUGCUUGCACAAGUCUGAUUCGUGGAUUUUGCAAGACGGGAAGGACUAAGAAGGCCACUCGGGUUAUGGAAAUUCUGGAGGAGUCCGGAGCAGUUCCUGAUGUCAUAACUUACAACGUUUUAAUUGGUGGAUUCUGUAAAUCAGGAGAGAUAGAUAAAGCCUUGCAGGUUUUGGAGCGUAUGAGUGUUGCUCCAGAUGUUGUUACCUAUAACACAAUUUUGCGCAGUUUGUGUGAUAGUGGGCAACUGAAGCAAGCAAUGGAAGUUCUUGACAGGCAGUUGCAACGGGAGUGCUAUCCUGAUGUAAUCACAUACACUAUAUUAAUUGAAGCAACUUGUAAGGAGAGUGGCGUUGGUCAGGCAAUGAUGCUGCUUGAUGAGAUGAGGAGUAAAGGAUGUAAACCUGAUGUGGUUACUUAUAAUGUUCUCAUCAAUGGGAUGUGCAAGGAAGGAAGGUUGGAUGAAGCAAUUAAGUUUUUGAAUAACAUGCCAUCCUAUGGUUGCCAACCUAAUGUAAUCACGCAUAAUAUUAUUUUACGUAGCAUGUGUAGCACUGGGAGAUGGAUGGAUGCUGAGAAACUAUUAUCCGACAUGCUUCGUAAGGGUUGUUCUCCUAGCGUCGUUACAUUCAAUAUUUUGAUUAAUUUUUUGUGCCGUAAAGGCUUACUGGGCAGAGCCAUUGAUGUCUUGGAGAAGAUGCCAAAGCAUGGCUGUACUCCUAAUUCCCUGAGUUACAAUCCAUUGCUUCAUGGCUUCUGUAAAGAGAAAAGGAUGGAUAGAGCAAUUGAGUAUUUGGAAAUAAUGGUAAGCAGGGGAUGUUACCCUGAUAUAGUCACCUACAAUACUUUACUAACUGCACUAUGCAAAGAUGGGAAGGUGGAUGUUGCAGUUGAGAUACUGAAUCAACUAGGUAGCAAGGGGUGCUCUCCUGUUUUGAUUACUUACAACACAGUUAUUGAUGGGCUUUCUAAGGUGGGAAAGACAGACGCUGCUGUGAAACUGUUAGAAGAGAUGUGUAGGAAGGGUCUUAAACCUGAUAUAAUUACGUACUCUUCUCUAGUUGGAGGGCUGAGUCGUGAAGGAAAGGUUGAUGAAGCAAUCAAGUUUUUCUAUGAUUUAGAAGGAUCGGGUAUUAAUCCAAAUGCUAUAACGUACAACUCAAUCAUGUUGGGACUUUGCAAGGCUCGACAAACCAGUCGUGCUAUUGAUUUUCUAGCUCGUAUGAUCUCAAGAGGAUGUAAACCGACUGAAGCUACGUACACUAUUCUUAUAGAAGGCAUUGCGUAUGAAGGAUUAGCUGAAGAGGCUUUGGCGUUAUUGAAUGAGUUGUGCUCCAGAGGAGUUGUGAAGAAAAGUUCAGCUGAGCAGGUAGCAGUCAAAAUGGAUCCAGUUCUUGUCUAUGCUGAACAGAGAUAAUAUUUUGCAGCAAAUUGUUGGGCCUGCGGAUGUAAAACGAUGUAAUAUGAUAAAUUGGUGGCUAUGUGCUUUCGUCAUAAAUUCAUAAUGAUGUCAGAUUUUUAGACAUUAUAGUUGGAUGGUUAGAUAUUUUGUGACGUGAAAUGGACAUACAAAUAUCCCUAAUGCAUGCAUGUUUCGGACUUUCAGACGUCUA